CUUUUUGUACGUAAUAAUAAACCACCGAUCUAUAUGUGAUAUGAUAUGCCCCCUUCUUCUCUUCACUACAUACCAUUACUCAGCGUUGCUCGGAGCUAGAGACUGAUCUGGACGCAGAAUUAAGAAGAUAUGGCGACUGUAGACCGCAACACCGCCCUCGCCACGGAGGCGCCGCUGGCUCCGGUCACCGUGCAGCGGAAGGUCCGCACCGACCUUGAAGAUUCCAUUCCUAAGCCUUAUUUGGCAAGGGCGAGUGUGGCACCGGAUACGGAGCAUCCAAACGGGACGCAGGGAAGGAAGCAUAACAACUUGAGUGUCCUCCAACAGCAUGUAGCAUACUUCGACCUAGACAACGAUGGAAUUAUUUACCCAACCGAGACUUACUAUGCCAGCCGUCAGAUGGGUUUCAAUGUCAUUAUCUCCUUCCUUAUAGCACUUGUUAUUCAUGGGGCAAUGAGUUACAUGUCUCUUCCAGGAUGGAUGCCUUCACUUUAUUUCCCAAUAUACAUAGAAAACAUACAUAAGAACAAGCACGGGAGUGAUACGGGGACCUAUGAUGUAGAGGGCAGGCAAGUAUUCCUUUCCAUUGUUAGGCUGUAUUUGGUUUCAAGGAACUUAGGAAGGGAAGAAGAUGUGUGGGUGGUUUUGACAUUUACAUUUCAUGUGCUCAGGUUUCUUCCUGUGAACUUUGAGAACAUCUUCAGCAAGUAUGCAAGGACGGUGCCUGACAAGCUGACGUUAGGAGAGCUGUGGGAGAUGACGCAGGGCAAUCGCAACACAUUCGACGUCUUCGGGUGGGUUGCAUCCAAAUUGGAGUGGGGAAUUUUGUAUCUUCUCGCCAAAGACAGCGAUGGAAUGCUAUCUAAAGAAGCCAUCAGGCGAUGCUUUGACGGGAGCUUGUUCGAAUACUGUGCGAAGAUGCAAAAGGGACGAGAAGCUAAGAUGGAAUAAACUGAUGAAUCACAAACAACCUUACCAAUGUUUAUAGCUCAGGAUCCUCAUAACCAACCUUAAUAAAAGGAAGUCUUGUACCCAGUCAUACCGGUUUAUGUUUGAUAUGAUACAAGUUUUCAUGUGCGACUUAUAUCAGCUUUCAUUUGGAAUUUUCAUUCUAGGAGGUUUUGUGAUAUUUCAUGUUUCUAUGCUGUAAUCAGUCUUCACAACGGCAUGCCCUUUGUGAUGGAACUGUAGUCUUUUUAAG